ACCUUGGAUUAUGUGCACGAACAAGAGUCAUGUUGUUCUACUUACUUUGGCUUGAAAUUAAUUUCGGAUACUGCUUGCUUUGCAGACAGAAAAAAUAAAAAAGAAAAAGAAAAGAAGGUUGCCAUGGCAUCUGGAGGCAUGAUGACGUCCCCCAUUUGUUUAGUGGAGAAUGAGAACCAACAGCUGGUGGUGAAUCCCAAUGCAAUAAAGUUUCUUGAAAGGAUUUCUCAGCCUGUGGUGGUGGUGGCCAUCGUAGGGCUGUACCGCACAGGAAAGUCCUACCUGAUGAACCGCCUGGCAGGAAAGAACCAUGGCUUCUCCCUGGGCACCACAGUGAGGUCAGAAACCAAGGGCAUCUGGAUGUGGUGUGUGCCCCACCCCACCAAGGCAAACCACACCCUGGUCCUUCUGGACACUGAGGGUCUGGGCGAUGUGGAAAAGAGUGACCCCAAGAAUGACUCGUGGAUCUUCGCCCUGGCUGUGCUUCUGAGCAGUACCUUUGUCUACAACAGUCUGGGCACCAUCAACCACCAGGCCCUGGAGCAGCUGCACUAUGUAACUGAACUGACGGAGCUCAUCAAGGCAAAAUCGACUUCAAGAUCGGGAGAAAUGGACGACCAAUCUGAUGAGUUCGUGAGUUUCUUCCCCGACUUUGUCUGGGCUGUUCGGGAUUUUGUGCUGGAGUUGACAUUAGAUGGGCGGCCCAUCACUGAAGACGAAUACCUGGAGAAUGCCUUGAAGCUGAUUCCAGGCAUGAGUCUCAAAACCCAAAUGUCUAACAUGCCUAGGGAAUGUAUCAGGCAUUUCUUUCCAAAACGGAAGUGUUUUGUCUUUGACCGACCUAUAAAAGAAAAAGAACUCUUAGUGCAUAUUGAGAAAAUACCAGAAAACCAAUUGGAUCCUAAUUUCCAAGCCCAGUCAACAAGGUUCUGUUCCUACAUCUUCACCAAUGCCAAGGCCAAGACCUUGAAAGAGGGAAUCGCCGUCACUGGGAACCGUCUGGGGACUCUGGUGACAACCUACGUGGAUGCCAUUAACAGUGGAGCCGUGCCUUGCUUGGAGAACGCGGUGACCACCCUGGCCCAGCGGGAGAACUCGGUGGCGGUGCAGAAGGCGGCCGAUCACUACAGCGAGCAGAUGGCCCAGCGCCUGGAGCUCCCCACGGACACGCUGCAGGAGCUGCUGGACGUGCACACGGCCUGCGAGAAGGAGGCCAUUGCCGUCUUCAUGGAGCACUCCUUCAAGGAUGAAAACCGGGAAUUCCAGAAGAAUCUGGUGAUCACCACAGAGGAAAUGAAGGAGGGUUUCCUGCGACAGAAUGAAGCAGCGUCGGUCACACGUUGUGAGGCUGAGCUGAAACAGCUUUCCGAACCCCUCAUGGAAAGCAUUUCCAGUGGAGUUUUUUCCAUUCCUGGAGGGCACAGCCUCUACUUACAAGCCAGGAAGAAGGUUGAGCAGGGCUACAAGCAAGUGCCCAGGAAAGGAGUUAAGGCAAAUGAGGUUCUCCAGAACUUUCUGCAUUCCCAGGCUGCUAUAGAGAAAUCCAUCCUCCAGUCAGACAAAGCCCUUACGGAUGGAGAAAAGUUGAUAAAAGCCGAGCGGGCCAUGAAAGAAGCAGCCAAGAAGGAACAGGAGUUGCUAAGACAGAAGCAGAAGGACCUAGAGCAAGUGAUGCAGGCUCAGGAGAAGAGCUACCAGGAAAACUUGUCUCAGCUGCAGCAGAAGAUGGUGAAGGAGCAAGAGAACCUCCUGAGAGAGCAAGAGAGGAGGCUGGAGCACAAGUUGAAGGUCCAAGAAAGCCUGCUUAAUGAAGGAUUUAAAAGGAAAUCUGAGGCUAUGAGUGCAGAGAUACACCAACUACAAAAAGUGAUUGAAACAAAAAAGAAUCAAGCCAGUUCACUGGGAGCACAGGUUUUUGAUGGGAUUGGAGAUGUGUUAUUUACAGUAUUACCUGGUGUUGGUAAGCUAGUUGGUCUAGGGAUGAAAAUUCUGAGCAAAAAUAUCAAAUAGGCUCAGAAUUUUUGCUAGGAAACUAUAAAGGUGGCUUGUUAGCCCCUUCGCCAGUUUCAUUUUUGUAGUCUAUGUCAUGUUAUUUUAAUCUCUUAAAAAUUUCAACCUAAAAAAGUAACCUCUUAAACCACACAUGAAAGUGCACGCCUUUAAUCCCAGCACUUGGGAGGCAGAAGUAGGAGGAUCACCAUGAGUUCAAGUCCACCCUGAGACUAAAUGGUGAAUUCUAGGUCAGCCUGGGCUAGAGUGAGACCCUACCUCAGAAGAAGAAAAAAAAAAGAGGUAACCUCUAUAAUAUAUCAGGGCUUGCUGAGCAAAAGACAAGUUAAACA